CGUCAGGCUCAGUCCCCUCCCGAUAAACCCCUAAAUAGGGACUUUCCCGGGGGGUGACCCUGGCUUUUUUGGCGAAAACCCCCAGUUUAAGGAGGCCUUCCCCCUGGCUUCACGUUGUGGAGUCGAAAGGAACCUUGAAGCGGAGAAUGACAGCUCGUGACGUGGACCCGAGGAAAAAACCUGCCAACCAGGAUUUAAUAGAAUUCAGCUCUUUCAGGCUUUGGAGGGAAGGCGAUUUGAACGGGAUUUCAGUGAAAAACCCGAUCGCUUCGGCUUUUUUUUUCCUCUCUCGGGUCUCGUCACGUGAUGGUCCUACUUUAUUUUUUAAAAUUAAAUGGCGCAUAUUCCCCAGCAUCCUAAAUCUAGUGCAACCUAGUGGCAAGUGGAGAAAAAAUAACUGCCAACCCGGCUUCCUGCGAGGUCCCCCGGAGUUCUCGCAAAGUUGGGACCCAGCUGGCAAAAAUACAGUGUGCGCAAAGACUCAACUGGACAUUGCCACCAAGAAUCAAGAGAUUUUGGGGGACUUUUGCAAGAAAACGUUAUUUUUAAAAGCCCUGCUCCAAAGCUGUUUACAAAUGAAUACUGCGUUUUCAGUGACAGGUUGGGCGAGCAGAAAGGAGAUCUUACGACACCAUGCCACAAGGAGAGUGAUCUCUUCCCCUGUUUUCACAAUGGAGGACUCUGGAAAGACUUUCAGCUCCGAGGAGGAAGAAGCCAACUAUUGGAAAGAUCUGGCGAUGACCUACAAACAGAGGGCAGAAAAUACGCAAGAGGAACUCCGAGAAUUCCAGGAGGGAAGCCGAGAAUAUGAAGCUGAAUUGGAGACGCAGCUGCAACAAAUUGAAACCAGGAACAGAGACCUCCUGUCCGAAAAUAACCGCCUUCGCAUGGAGCUGGAAACCAUCAAGGAGAAGUUUGAAGUGCAGCACUCUGAAGGUUACCGGCAGAUCUCAGCCUUGGAGGAUGACCUCGCGCAGACCAAAGCCAUUAAAGACCAAUUGCAGAAAUAUAUCAGAGAGCUGGAGCAAGCAAACGACGACCUGGAAAGAGCCAAGCGCGCCACGAUCAUGUCUCUCGAAGACUUUGAGCAGCGCUUGAAUCAGGCCAUUGAAAGAAAUGCCUUCCUGGAAAGUGAACUUGAUGAAAAAGAGAAUCUCCUGGAAUCUGUUCAGAGACUGAAGGAUGAAGCCAGAGAUUUGCGGCAGGAACUGGCCGUGCAGCAGAAGCAGGAGAAACCCAGGACCCCCAUGCCCAGCUCAGUGGAAGCUGAGAGGACAGACACAGCUGUGCAGGCCACGGGCUCCGUGCCGUCCACGCCCAUCGCUCACCGAGGACCCAGCUCAAGUUUAAACACACCUGGGAGCUUCAGACGUGGCCUGGACGACUCCACCGGGGGGACCCCCCUCACACCUGCGGCCCGGAUAUCAGCCCUCAACAUUGUGGGAGACCUACUGCGGAAAGUCGGGGCACUGGAGUCCAAACUCGCUUCCUGCCGGAACCUCGUGUACGAUCAGUCCCCAAACCGAACAGGUGGCCCAGCCUCUGGGCGGAGCAGCAAGAACAGAGAUGGCGGUGAGAGACGGCCAAGCAGCACCAGCGUGCCUUUGGGUGAUAAGGGGUUGGGGAAGCGCUUGGAAUUUGGGAAGCCGCCUUCACACAUGUCUUCAUCGCCGCUGCCGUCAGCCCAGGGGGUAGUCAAGAUGUUGCUUUAGGAAAACCACGGAAGCUGAAGCUCUUGGUGUCGGUGCGGGAGUUGUUACCUUUUGUCGUCUUUUUACACUAGGUUUUUGUUUUAAGUUAGUUUGAGAAAUAGGAACAGUCACCAUAGUUAGUUAGCUUUGUGGCCCAAGCCAAUGACUGAGGCCAUCACCUGUGCUCUGGGGUUUGUCCCUGGGAAAUGUCUCCUCAUCCCUGCCUGCCACUGUGCAUUGCAAAGAGGGACAAAAGGGGCUCUCUGGGAAGGGCUCUAAGGUGUCAGUGAUGAGGCUACCCCGUCGUUUUUGUUUUUGAGAUAGAGUCUCGCUCUGUCGCCCAGGCUGGAGUGUGGCGGCAUGAUCUCAGCUCACUGCAGCCUCUGCCUCCUGGGUUCAAACACUUCUUGUUCCUGAGUCUUCCAGGUAGCUGGGAUUACAGGCACCCACCACCACGCCUGGCUAAAUUUUUUGUACUUUUAAUAGAGACGGGGUUUUGCCAUGUUGCCCAGGGUGGUCUUGAACUCCUGGCCUCAAGUGAUCUUCCCAUCUCAGCCUCCCAGAAUGCUGGGAUUUCAAGCAUGAGCCAUCGCUCCCAUGCCCCAUUGUGUUGAGCUAACCCAAGCGGAGUCCUGAUUGGUCUUUUUUUUUUUUUCCUUUUCUUUUUUGAGACAGAGUCAUGCUCUUGCCCUUUCUUGUCCAAGCUGGAGUGCAGUGGUGCGAUUUCGGCUCACUGCAGCCUCCACCUCCUAGGUUCAAGCGAUUCUCUUAUCUCAGCUUCCCAAGUAGCUGGGACUACAGGAGUGUGCUACUACACCCGCUAAUUUUGUAUUUUUAGUGAGAAACAGGGUUUCACCAUGUUGGCCAGGCUGGUCUUGAACUCCUGGCCUCAAGUGAUCCUCCCGCCUCAGCCUCCCAGAGUGCUGGAAUUACAGGCCUGAGCCACCGUGCCUGGCCCCUGAUUGGUCUUGACAGGUGUUUUUAAUGUCCCAAGUCUCCUGGGAUGGAGCUUCUCUCAGAGGCUCUUCCCCCAACCCCCAACCAGCUGGAAUUGUCUUACAGAACAAAAUCUCCCAGUGCUUUGUGGUGUACUGAAAUCAUGUCUUAAGAACAGAGAACAGAACGGUCACAUGCCUUUUUAAAAACUGUGGAAUAGGCCAGGAGUGGUGGCUCAGGCCUGUAAUCCUAAGAUUUUGGGAGGCCGAGGCGGGUGGAUUACCUGAGGUCAGGAGUUCAAGACCAGCCUGGCCAACAUGGUGAAACCCCAUUUCUACUAAAAAUACAAAAAAUUAGCUGGGUGCAGUGAUGCGUGCCUAUAAUUCCAGCUACUCCAGAUGUUGAGGCAGGAGAAUUGCUUGGACCCGGGAGGCGGAGGGUGCAGUGAGCCAAGAUCAUGCUACUGUACUCCAGCCUGGGCAACAGAGUGAGACUCCGUCUCCAAAAAAAAAAAAGGUGUCAUAAACCUCUGAGACUGUAGCCUGUUUCUUAGCUUCUGAUUGAGAUUACUAGAGGUGCGUUCGAGUUUUCAGAGUAAUUUUCCAGACCAACCAGCGUCAGUGGGAAAUCUGACCUCUUUUGGCAAACUGCGAUCAUUCAUUUUCCUGAGUCCCCUGGUGAGGUCGGGGGGAAUUCUGCAUCAGGACUCUGAGGGGUCUUUGGGGCAGGAUGGCCUUGGUAAUGCAGCCACUAAGAACAGGACUUCAUUCAAAGGCAUAAUGAAGUAACCAGGGUGAUCACCAAGUAAGAUUAAAGCAGGAGAUCAUUGUAGCAGGCUUCCUUGUCUAAGACGUGAACACGGGAUUUCCAACGCACCACGGUGUGUGCACUCACCACUGCAUGUUAGGAACUGCUGUCUCUUUGGGAAACAAGUUAAAAGAACACACUAAUUUCUGGAGUGUGCCUGCAGCUUCACGGCCUUCAUUUUGUUACUAAGUUAUUUUCUGGAAGAACAGCAAACAUUUCAGGUUGAAAACAACUUUCCAAGUGCUACUGAAAUGCCGCAGAGAAUUAAGCUGCGAUGGUGGGUUUCUUACCCUAGAAACAUCCUAACUUGUAUCCACAGAAGAUGUCCUUUUAUUUUUUUAAAAGAUCAAUAAAAUAAAGAGAAACGAAUGUUGAACUGG